AUGAACCUGCAACAGUAUCUUCCUCGGCCCUGGCGGCGCACCAAGUGGUUUUGGCCAGCAGUGGUAGCCAUUGCCGUUGCCGUCAUCAUUGUCAUUGUCGUCCCUCUGGCCGUCCUGCUCCCGCGCAGGAACCGCAACCACCACCCUGCCGCCAACAUUAUCCUCCCUCUCUACAUCUAUCCGCAGGCCGACUCCUCCUGGGGUCCCGUGUAUGACGCCGUGAGUCGCCGGCCUGACCUCAACUUCACCGUCAUUGUGAACCCCAACAGCGGGCCGGGGAGCAGCCCUUGGCCCGACGUCCAUUAUGACGCUGCCAUACGCCGCCUCAACUCGUACCCAAAUAUAGAGACCGUCGGGUACGUACGGACGGGCUAUGCCACCCGCAGCCUCGCCGACGUCACGCGCGAGGUGAGCGUCUACUCGGGCUGGUCCAGCAACUCCAGCGCGCUGGCCAUGCACGGCAUCUUCUUCGACGAGGCUCCGCACGAGUACUCGGCGGAGGCGGCCGCGUUCCUUCGCGCCGCCGACAGCUUUGUCAAGAGCGCGCCCGGGCUGCAGGGCCGCAAGACGAUCAUCCACAACCCCGGCGUCAUCCCAGACGCCCGCUUCAACAGCAGCGACGUGGACAUCACCGUCGUCUUCGAGGAGACGUUUGCAAAGUGGCAGGACCGGAGCACGUCUCUGGCCGCACUCCCCAAGACCAGGGGCGCCUACAGCAUAAUGGUCAACACGGUGCCCGCCAUGAACAACGGCACCAUGGGCCAAUUCGUCAACUCGCUAUCCGACCUGGCCAAGUACGUCUUCAUCACUAGCCUCAGUGUGGAUUUCUACAACUCCUUUGCCAACGACUGGCUGGACUUUGUCGGCCAGGUACCGGCGUAG